AUGCCCAAGCACUCCCAUGUCCUCCCGUCCAAGCCAAUCGACGAAUACGACCAUCCAGUGCCCAAGAAAGCUUUUGGUCGUGUGCUCGACGACGACCGUCCCAUUGACGACUAUGAGAAUACAGUGCACGAAGAAGAAGAAGCACAAAAACACGCCGAAGAGCGUGGGCCCAGUCCCCCGAAUCGCGCCGCCGCUAGACACGAUAAUCAUCCCCAUGCUGCUCAUCAAGCUGGGGGCAGAGAAGGGACGACGUCGAGCAAGUAUCGGAGCGUUAGCAAGCAUUAA